UUACAAGAAUAAGUCAAGAUGAUUGAUGUCUGUCAAUGGAGGGUGAGCAUUGGACUGUGGAGCUACCGUUGUCAAGCUCCCUCUACUAAUGGCAAAGCUGUAAAGAGCAAGUUAGGUAUAUUAGGAGAGAAGACACCUAAACUGAUGCCAGUAGCUCUGCCAUUGUCUCUUUUUGCCUUUCUCCUCACCCUCUUUUUUGCUCCAACACUGAGUAACUUCUACCAAGUAGAUCUGCAGUAUAGAGCUACUUCCGGUGUUACUGAUCUGCAGUCAGUACUCAGCAGCAGUUUUAACUUCAUUUACUAUUUGAUUGUUUGUCUAUAUAUACUCCUCUUAUCAGGAGAUAUCGAACGUAAUCCUGGUCCUAUGAUUGAUGCUCGCCCUGAAAUAUCGUUAUUAAUAAAAUGGCUCGAACCCCUUGUUGAUUGGAAGCCAUUUGGUUUAUGUUUGGUUGGAAUGACGGAGCAUGAAAUCUUAAAAAUUGAACAAGAACAUGUAAAAAUUGAAGACAGAAAGUUAGCGCUAUAUUUAAAAUGGUUUUCAGUCAAUCCUAUGGCCACAUGGAGAGAUGUCAUUUAUGCACUGACUGGUAUGAAUCAGAAUAAAUUAGCUCAAGAUAUUAAGAAUAAUCUAGAGAGUGAUGCUGCUUCUAUAAAGUCAUCAUCAUUACCAAGCACACUAACAAAAUCAGAUGGAGAUAUAGAAAUUAUUUUUUUUCCAAAAGAAGAUCAAACAGUUCAAGACACUUUAGAUGAAUUACAAGUGAACUUUUCCCAUAUCAUGAGAGAGGUAAAAUCAGCUUUUCGUACAAAAGUUAAUAAAAAUUUACAAAUAUGCAUUGAGAUGUCCAAUUGGAUAGAGAGCUAUCUUCACUGGGAGCAUGGUACAUUAGAUAGUGAUUUAGAUCACAUUUUCAAAAAGAUCUAUCAUAAUUAUGAUUUUAUUGACUGCUGUCUGGUAGUUGCUAUGUGUAAUGAGUUUAUAAGUGAUGAAAAAGAUCUACUCGAUAAACUGAAUACUCAUUCAUUAAAAGCUAAUGCAUUUUGUUCAUCAGUGCCCAUUAUAGAACUUAAACAAAAGCUACGUAAAGUUUAUGGGCCUUACAGAAGAUGUUUGGAGAAUAUGCCAUUAAUAUGUAUUGAACUUCAAAAUCCUUGGAAUGAUGUUAAAAUUAAUGGAUUAUAUAUUCUCGUGAAAAGAUUACUACCAAAAGAACAUAGACAGUCAAUAAUGAAAUACAUCACUAUUGAGGAAGGAUCUGUUGUGAUCAAGUUAGACAUUCUUAAUCUUUCAGCUGAUAGUUUAAUAGAAUAUACAGAAGGAAAGCUUCAGUUUAUGUAUCUCAUUGGUAUAUUUAGUUUAUGCAUUAAUGAUUAUCCUGUCCUUCAAAAAAAUGAAAACAUGAACUUCACUUUUGAAUUAGCUCUUCUUGAGGCAGUCACAGCUGGCAAUAAUGAAGCAGUAGAGUUUCUUCUUCAACUAAAAAUUAUUAAUAUUGAUCAUACUAAUAAAGAAGGCCAGACUGCACUGAUGCUAGCUUGUGAAAGAAGACAUGAGAACAUUGUGCACAGUUUGCUGUCUGCUGGAGCCAAUGUUAACAUUCAGGACAAUAAAGGAUGGACUGCACUAAUAGUCUCAAGUCAGUAUAGUGGUACCUCAAUCAUUCACGUAUUACUGGAAGCUGAUGCCAAUGUUCACCUAAGAACAUCAGGUGGAUCGAAUUCCUUAAUGUAUGCUAGUUGCAAUGGUAACUAUGAGGCUGUUGAGCUAUUGAUUAGUAAAGGAGCUGAUUAUGAAUGCCAACGAAAAGAUGGAAUGAAUGCUUUUAUGCUAGCUUGUAAAAAGGGACAUAUUAAUAUUGUGGAACUGUUGCUGAAGAACCGAGUUGAUCCUAAUGUUCAAAGGAAAGAUAGUUGGAAUGCCUUUAUGUUAGCUUGUGAAAAUGGUCACACUCAAAUUGUUGAAGUGUUAUUGAAGGAACCAGUUGAUCCUAAUGUACAAAGAAAGAGUGGAGGAAAUGCAUUCAUGCUUGCAUGUCAAAAUGGUCACACUCAAAUAGUUGAACUAUUACUAAAGGAAAAAAUUGAUCCUAAUGUUCAAAAGAAUAACGGAUGGAAUGCAUUUAUGUUGGCUUGUCACAAUGGUCAUACUCAAAUAGUUCAACUUCUGCUAAAGGAACAAGUUGAUCCAAAUGUUCAAAUGAAAGAUGGAGCGACUGCUUUAAUGCUGGCUUGUCAAAAUGGCCAUGCUCAAAUUGUUGAAUUGUUACUGAAGGAAAAUGUUGAGCCUAAUGUUCAAAGGGAUGAUGGUGUGAAUGCCAUUAUGCUGGCUUGUAAAAUGGGCCACACUCAAGUAGUGGAACUUUUGCUAAAGGAACAAGUUAAUCCUGAUGCUCAAAACAGAUGUGGCACUACUGCUUUAAUGAUUGCUAGUAAAAAUGGAUAUUAUGAAGUCGUUAAGUUAUUAUUAGAAUGGAAAGCUGAUCCCAAUAUAAAAUCACUUGAUGGCAAAACUGCAUUAUCUGUAGCUAAGACUAAUAAAAUAUCUGUAUUGAUUGAUGCGUACUUAAAAGAAUUCAAUCAAAAACUACAACUACAAGGAGAUGCUGCUAGUGCAAUGUCUGAAGAAACAAUGACUAGUGGAUAUUACACUACAGAAUCAGAUAUUAGUGUUACCUCUGCUUUAACAGCAAAAAAGCCUGAAAGGAAAUAAUUAUUAUUCAAUUGCAAUAAAGUAGUAUUUUGUUUCUAAUUUUUAAAAAUUUUAGUUU